AUGAAAGCCUCAUUUGCCCGUUUCGUCUGCCUCGCCUUAGUAGGCAUGAUGAUGAUGAUGGUGGUUGUGAAUGCCCUAUCGACCGAUCAGUUGAUGUCUGUGAUGCCAAAAUUGAGAAGAACCAAGGCUGAGGGUUAUCUUCCUUAUUUGAAUCGUGCCAUGAAUGAUGGAAGUAUUAAUAGUUGUUGUAGAAUUAGUGCCUUCUUGGCCCAACUUGCCCAUGAAUCGGGAGAUUUGGCUUGGUGGACUGAAUUUGGAUCGGGAGAGCAAUAUGAAGGAAGAAAGGAUCUCGGAAACAUUUAUCCAGGAGAUGGACCAAGAUAUAAGGGUAGAGGUCCCAUUCAAAUUACUGGAAGAGCAAAUUACAGAGCUGCUGGUCAAGCCAUCGGUGUCGAUUUAGAAAAUAAUCCAACAAGAGCAGCUGACACAGACGUUGGUUUUAGAACAGCUGUCUGGUUCUGGAAUACUCGUUCCCUUAAUAAAUAUGCUGACUGCUCUCAAGAUGGCUUUGACAAGAUCACAAAGAAAAUCAACGGAGGUUACAACGGCAAAGCAGAUCGUGAUAAGAAAUUCGCUAAUGCCAAGUCAGUUCUUGGCUGUUAG